GCGAAAAGAAAACUCGCUCACGCACACUCCGACACCGUCAAUCUCUUUCAAAUAAUUCCCACCAAAUUCUCUCUAAUUGCUUCCAAAAUUCCAACCUUUUAUCGCAAUGCUCGAUCGCCGCAUCCAAUUUGGCGCCUGGAUCUGAUUCCUUGGAUUUUUCCGACACUUUCUGGUGAAAGUUGAGGUGGAGGGGAGCGGGGGGAGCGGGAGGGGUAAUUAAUGCUGGCGAUGAGCGGCGGAUGCCAACAGGGCUGCGGGGAGAGCAGCGAGGAGGAGCUAUCGGUGCUUCCGCGGCACACUAAGGUGGUCGUGACCGGCAACAACCGCACCAAAUCGGUUCUCGUCGGUCUCCAGGGGGUCGUCAAGAAGGCCGUCGGUCUCGGCGGAUGGCAUUGGCUGGUUCUUACUAAUGGUAUUGAAGUGAAACUGCAAAGAAAUGCUCUCAGUGUGAUUGAAGCCCCUACUGGCCAUGAGGACGAUGAUGAGACUGAAUGUGACAACAUGCAAUGGAAUGGUUCAGAUAUGGUGUCUGAUGAUAUGCAAUUGCAAAAGCCACACAAGUCAAGGGUUAGGCAUCACAAGGGAUCGUCUAACAAAUCCUUGAGCCGGUCUCUGUCUUGUGAUUCACAUUCUAAGGGAUCUGUUACAUCUUCCAGGAGUAUAACUAAAGUUGACCUGAGCAAGCUAGAAACAAGAGCAUUAUGGAGAUAUUGGCGUCAUUUUAAUCUUGUGGAUGCCAGUCCUAACCCUUCUAAGGAGCAACUAAUUGAUGUAGUCCAGAGGCAUUUUAUGUCACAGCAAUUGGAUGAGUUGCAGGUUAUUGUAGGAUUUGUGCAGGCUGCAAAGAGACUGAAGACUGUCUGCACUUGAACUUGCAAGGGUUUUCUACAUUCAUGCUAACUUUUGCUGUUUGCAGCCACAUUAUGUAACAUAUGUAUGUUAGAGCGUGGAUGUUGCAACAAACUUGGAUGUUAGUUUGGGUAGCUAGAAAUUUGUGUCAUCCCUAUAAUGUAGAUAUGUUUUCUGGUAAGCAUCAUGCAGCCAUCAUGGUUCUGAACAUUACCAAUGAUGCACUGCUGACUAUGAGGAAGGAAUGCAUGUUUUCCUUUUAGGUGAUAAAUCUUAUAACUAUUAGCAGAA